AUGUUAUCCUUUCGUACAAAGGGAUACAAUGGUUACGGAGUCCAGUACUCGCCAUUCUUUGAUAAUAAGCUAGCAGUUGCCACAGCUGCCAAUUAUGGUCUUGUGGGGAACGGGAGACUAUUCAUCCUAGACAUCGAGCCUACUGGACAGAUAACAAGUCCCAUAUCGUGGGAAACGCAGGAUGGGUUGUUUGACCUAGCUUGGAGUGAGAUACACGAGAACCAAUGUGUUGCCGCCAGUGGUGAUGGUCUGGUUAAAUUGUUUGAUCGUACUGUGCCCCAGUUCCCAAUAAUGCAAUGGAACGAGCAUCAACGCGAGGUGUUUUCAGUGAAUUGGAACUUGGUGGACAAGACGAAUUUUGUCACAUCCAGUUGGGAUGGAAGCAUAAAGAUUUGGUCAAGUCAAAGAAAAGAGUCGAUGCUCACCCUCAACCCAGGCGGCACUGAUUAUACCACAAUGGCUGCUCCAGUGGCGUCAACGGCACAACCACCCCUUCUGCAUCAACAACAUCAUCAAAGAAAUCAACAAACCAGCACAAAGAACUGUAUCUAUUCUGCCCAAUUUUCACCUCAUUCACCGUCGACGCUUGUGUCGUGCACUGGUGCUUCACAAGUACAGGUUUGGGACAUUCGGACUCCACAUCCCUUGCAGUUGCAUUUUGUCUCUCAUGAUGGGUUAGAAACCCUUUCGGUUGAUUGGAACAAGUAUAAAUCAACAGUAAUUGCAUCAGGUGGAACUGACAAAUCUGUAAGAGUGUGGGAUCUAAGGAUGGUUUCCAAUUUAGACCAGCCUUCUGCACAUUCACCCAUGCCACUGCAACACCAACGAGGUCCAAGCGCACUCAACAACUUUGUGGGUCAUGAGUUUGCUGUGAGGCGAGUUCAGUGGUCCCCUCAUAAUGGUAAAGAGUUACUAACUACUUCGUACGACAUGACAGCUAGAGUAUGGGUAGAUGAACUGGAUGAGAGGGCAAGAUUCUUGAAUACAAAGACUGGUGGAUUGAAAGGUGUGUUUAAUAAACAUAGAGAAUUUGUUAUAGGAUGCGAUUACAGUCUUUGGGGAGAACCUGGAUGGUGUGCCACUACAGGAUGGGAUGAAAUGGUGUACAUAUGGGAUUCAAAGAGACUAUAA